AGCGCCCCCUAAGGGUAGCUGGGCAGCGCUGCACCCCCUUCACCUCAAGCCGGGGCAGGGCCUCUCGGGUCUCGCCGCAGAUUAUGUCAGCGCUGAGGCGAAGGGGGCGGGGGGACGGAGGAGAGGCUCAAAAAUAGCCCGAUGACUGCAGCGGCGGGGCUGAGCCGUGGGAUAGAUACGGCAGCAGUUACGACCAGGCGCCGCCUCAGCAGCCCGGGGAGCUCCCAGACCAGACGCUCUGCAUGGGAUGAGGAGGCGGUCAGCCAUGGCCAGUCGCGGCAGCUGCACUGAGGAGGAGGAAGAGGAGAGGGAGGACGCCGCCCUGAGGAAGCUGAUCGUUCGCCUCACAAACGUGCAGGAGGGGAAGCAGCUGGAGAGCUUGCUGCAGACGCUGGAGGACCUGCUGGCCUUGGCCCACCGGCCCCGCGCGCCCAGGCUGUUCGGCGGCCGAAACGUCCACGUGCCCUUGUUGCUGGUGUUGGACUCCUACCUGCGAGUGGCCGCGGUGCAGCAGGUGGGUUGGUCGCUUCUUUGUAAAUUAAUAGAAGUGUGUCCAGCCACUCUAUGUAACAUAGCUCCUCAAGAUGUUGGAAAGGAUUGGGAAGUACUUGGUGUUCAUCAGCAUAUUCUUAAAAUGCUUACUAUCCACAAUGCAAACAGAAACCUCUUGAUAAUAGGACUCAAGGCACUAAAUCUACUACUCUCUUCAGAUAUAAUUACAAUUAUGCUCUUGGAUGAAGAGACAGAUGUAUUUUUGUUGGUGUUUGAUGCUAUGCAAACCUUCCCAAACAAUGAAGAAAUCCAGCAAUAUGGAUGUAAAACUUUGCACAUGCUUUUUGAGAAAGUUCCAGAAGAGCAGCUGACUGAAUUUGUUGAAAGCAAAGAUCACAUGAUCAUACUGAAUGUGUUAAAAGAGUUUCAAGAAAAAGAAGAUGUUGUACUUCCGGCACUUUAUUCUUUACAUUCAUUAGCUGGUCCAUCCAGCAAUGUUGAAGUGCUCAUGUCUGGAAAUGUUAGAUGUUACAAUGUCAUAGUGGAAACGAUGAAAACAUUCCCUAACAGUGAACCAAUUCAGAAAGUGGGUUGCUGUUUGUUGCACAAGCUUACACUGGGAAAUUUUUUCAACAUCCUGGUAUUAAAUGAGGUACACGAAGUCAUUGUGAAGGCUGUUAUAAGAUACUCUGCAAAUGCAAAGUUACAGGCUGCAGCACUCAGUUGUUUAGCUCUCCUCACGGAAACAAUAUUUUUGAACCAAGACUUAGAGGAAAGAAAAGAAGAGGAAGAGGGAGAAAAAUUAUAUUGGCUGGAAGCAUGCUAUAAAGCAUUAAAAUUGCACCGAAAAAACACAGAUGUACAGGAGGCUGCUUGUUGGGCUUUGAACAAUCUGUUUAUGUACCAGUGCAACCUUCAUGAGAAAAUUGGAGAUGAAGAUAAACAGUACCCCAUACACAGAGAAGUGAUGCUAGCCAUGCUGAUGCAUUCCACAGCAAAAGAAGUGUUUCAGGCAGCUGCUAAUGCCUUGGCAACUUUAUCAGAACAAAAUGUAAAUAUUAGAAAGAUUCUGUUGGCAAAAGGAAUACACAUAAAUGCAUUGGACAUAAUGAAGAAACAUUCAGACUCCCCUGAAGUGGCUGAAAGUGCCUGCAAAAUGCUGAAUCGUGUUUUUGAAGGAAGUUUCCCCCAUCUGGACAUAGUGAUAGCAGUUGCAUCAGAAGUCCUAAAGGCCAUGAGGAAACAUGAAAAGGUGCCAUCCGUACAGCUGGAGGCUCUUCGAGUCAUUUUACCUUUCAUGAUCCCUGGUGCCAUGAAAGAACUGCAAAAUGGUUCUUCAGGAACAGUGGGAGAUGCUGACUUGAUGCUUACCUUAAAAGUAAUUAAAAACCAGUGUUUGUUGGAGGGGACUCACACACUAGUGCUUGAUGCUUUGAACAGGUUUAUUGGAAAUCCUGGCAUUCAGAAAUGUGGAUUAAAAAUACUUUCUUCUGUAGUGGAGUGUUCUGGUGCACUACAAAUGUUAUCCCAACAAGGAGCCGCAGACACUGUACUUCACACACUACAGAUGUAUCCAGAUGAUCAAGAAAUACAGUGCUUAGGUUUGAGUCUUCUAGGAUCUUUGAUUACAAGAAAGAGUUUGUGUAUCGCAUCUAUGCAUGUGCUGGCAACAGUUCUGAUUUCUACUUUACGACGAUUUAAGGAGGUCGUUGAAAUACAGAUACACGGAUUUCACAUGAUCUUGACAAUCAUUGACUUGUCACCUUGUUUUGCAAAGCUGCUGAUAUAUGAAUCAUUUGACACAGUCAUCUUUUAUCAAAUGUCCAUGUGUUUCACUGAACAAAGAGACCAGCAGUUUCAAAGCUUGUGCUGUAAAUGCUUCGCUAAAAUAGCCAACAAUGAUGAUUUAAAAAACAUGAUGCUGGAGAAAGCAUGUGCUGAGUACAAUAGCAUUAUGGCUGAAUGUUUACUUUUACUGGGAGCUGAUGUUAAUAAGAACACAAAGACGAGCUCUUUAAUCUAUCAGGUUUGUGAGAAAGGAAGCAAUCCUAAGCUGGUGGAACUGCUAUUAAGUAGUGGUGCUCGAGAGCAGGAUGUUCGGAGUGCUUUAACAGUCAGCAUAAAGAAAGGAGAUAGCCAGAUCAUCAGCUUGCUCUUAAGGAAGCUUAGCCUGGAUGUAGCCAACAGCAGUAUAUGUCUUGGAGGAUUUUGUAUGGGGAGAAUUGAACCUUCCUGGCUCAGCCCUUUGUUCCCAAAUAAACUUACUCCUAUAAGAAAACAAACAAAUGCAGGUUCUGCAUUGGCAAGAAUGGUGCUCAGAUACCAAAUGAAGAGUUUUUCAGAAGACCGAUCAAGAUCCAGUUCUGAUGUAACUUUCUCUGAAGAUGUACUGGAUAAAAGUGAUGAUUGGAUAUUCAUGCCUGAGCCAUUAGUAGACAGUGUUUUUCGCUUGAGUGAUGACAUCGAUAGUGAAGGGAGUGAAGGUUCAUUUCUGAUGAAAAAGAAAUCCAACUCCAUUGCAGUUACUGAUCUGUACAAAGAUACAACCUUACAAACAUAUUCUCCUACUUUGCCAAGGCACUCCAAUUCUCUGGGACCUGGUUCAGAUCAUGAACCAUUAGUGAAGCAAAGAAGAAGAUUAUUGUCUUCAGAUGAAUCUCACAAAGGGAUCUCAAAAUUCCAAUUGCAUUUAAAACGAUCAGACAGUUUGUCUUCAUUGGUCUCUGAGAAAGACUAUAUUAAGUCAUUAGAUCUUUCAUCGAAUGAGCUGGAGAAUAUAGAUGCCAUCAGUCAGAACUGCUGCUUAACUGGUCACUUGGAACAUCUUGAGAAAUUGGAGCUGCACCAAAAUACACUCAGAAGCAUUCCAGAACAACUGUGUGAAACUUUGAAAUGUUUGACUUACUUGGAUUUGCACAGUAACCGGUUUGCAUCUUUUCCUACUUAUUUACUGAAAAUGAAUUAUAUUGCAAAUCUUGAUAUCUCUCGGAAUGACAUUGGCCCUUCCUUAGCUUUGGAUCCACAUACCAAAUGCCCAACUCUGAAGCAGCUUAAUCUAUCAUACAAUCAACUAUCGUGCAUUCCUAAAUUUCUUGCGGAUAUUGCAGAAAACCUAGAACAGCUAAUGCUAGAAGGAAACAAAAUCUCAGGUAUAUGUUCACCCAUAUGCUUGAAGGAACUGAAAGUUUUAAACAUUAGUAAGAACAGUAUUUCAUCCUUGGCUGUUAAUUUUCUCAAGGAGUGCACAAAAUUGGAGCUAUUUAGUGCCAGGAUGAAUUUACUUGAUACCAUACCUAACUUGCCAUCUAGCAUAACAAAUUUAAAAUUAUCUCAAAAUCAUUUUGUCAGUAUUCCAGAAGCGAUUCUUCUUCUUCCACAUUUGCGAUCAGUAGAUUUAAGCAACAAUAAAAUCAUAAACCUGCCUGGACCUGUGCACUGGAAAUCCUUAAACUUAAGGGAGCUCUUGUUUAACUGCAAUCAGAUAGACAUUUUGGACUUGAAUGAAAAAGCAUAUGCAUGGUCCAGGCUAGAAAAGCUACACCUGUCCCGUAACAAGUUAAAGGAGAUUCCUCCUCAAAUUGGCUUCCUUGAAAACUUGACAUCUCUGGAUGUAAGUUAUAAUCCUGGCUUGAGAUCCUUUCCAGAUGAAAUGGGAAAGUUGUCCAAAGUCUGGGAUCUUCCUUUGGAUGGGCUUCAUCUUAAUUUAGAUUUCAAACAUGUUGGAUGCAAAGCCAGAGACAUUAUAAGGUUUCUUCAGCAGCGGCUAAAGAAGGCUGUCCCUUAUAAUAGAAUGAAACUCAUGAUUGUGGGAAAUACUGGCAGUGGUAAAACUGCACUGUUACAGCAGCUAAUGAAAUGCAAACGAUCAGAUUUGGGGACACAGAAUCCUACAAUAGGCAUAGAUGUAAAGGACUGGUCAGUUCCUGUGAAAGGCAAAGUGAAGAAAUUGAUAUUAAAUGUCUGGGAUUUUGCAGGACAAGAGGAGUUCUACAGCACUCAUCCACAUUUUAUGACUCAGAGAGCCUUGUAUCUUGCUGUUUAUGAUCUCAGCAAAGGACAAGCAGAAGUGGAUGCUAUGAAGCCAUGGCUGUUUAAUAUCAAGGCUCGAGCUUCCUCAUCCCCCGUGAUUCUUGUUGGCACUCAUUUAGAUACCUCUGGUGAGAAGCAAUGUAAGGCCUGCCUGAGUAAAAUUACCAGAGAGCUGUCGAAUAAGAGGGGCUUCCCAGCAAUCAAAGAUUCUCAUUUUGUAAAUGCUACAGAAGAAUCUGAUGCUAUGAUCAAACUUCGGAAAACCAUAAUAAAGGAGAGUCUGAAUUUCAAGAUCAGAGACCAGCCAGUAGUAGGACAGCUAAUCCCAGACAGCUAUCUGGAACUUGAGAAGAUAAUUUUAUUCAAACGUGAAAAUGUUCCAACUGAAUUUCCUGUGAUUGACCAUAAGCAAUUAUUAGAACUGGUGCAAGAAAGUCAGUUACAGUUGGAUGAAAAUGAACUUCCUCAUGCAGUUCACUUUCUGAAUGAAUCAGGCGUACUGCUACAUUUUCAAGACCCAGCACUUCAGCUAACAGAUCUGUAUUUUGUGGACCCUAAGUGGCUGUGUAAAAUCAUGGCACAGAUUUUGACAGUGAAGGUGGACGGUUUUCCUAAAUACCCUAAAGGAAUUAUAAAGCGUUCAGAUGUGGAAAAAUUCCUUUUAAAGAAGAGCAGAUUCCCUAAGAUCUACAUGUCACAAUACUUUAAGCUUCUGGAAAAGUUCCAAAUUGCGUUGCCAUUAGGAGAAGAUCAACUACUUGUUCCAAGCAGUUUGUCUGAUCACAGACCUGUUAUAGAGCUUCCCCACUGUGAAAACUCAGAAAUCAUCAUUAGGCUGUAUGAGAUGCCGUACUUUCCCAUGGGGUUCUGGUCCAGACUGAUCAACAGGCUGCUUGAAGUAUCUCCUUACAUGCUCUCAGGAAGGGAACGAGCUCUUCGUCCUAAUAGAAUGUAUUGGAGACAAGGCAUUUACCUGAACUGGUCUCCUGAAGCUUACUGUCUAGUGGAAUCAGCAGUAUUCGAUAGCAAUCCAGACAGUUUUUUGAAAAUUACAGCUCCUUGUUGCAGAAAAGGUUGUGUCCUUUUGGGGCAAGUUGUGGAUCACAUUGAUUCUCUUGUGGAAGAAUGGUUUCCAGGUUUACUGGAUAUAGAUGUAUGUGGUGAAGGGGAAACACUGUUGAAGAAAUGGGCUUUGUGUAGCUUUGAGGAUGGCAAAGAACACCAAAAAAUAUUACUUGAUGAUUUACUUAAAAAAGCUGAAGAAGGUGAUCUCUUAGUAAAUCCAGAUCAACCAAGAUUUACCAUUCCAAUAGCCCAGAUUGCUCCUGACCUGAUAUUGGCUGAUUUGCCUAGAAAUAUCAUGUUGAACAAUGAUGAAUUGGAAUUUGACCAGGCUCCUGAAUUUCUGUUGGGUGACGGUGGGUUUGGAUCUGUGUACCGCGCAUCAUAUGGUGGAGAAGAAGUAGCUGUAAAGAUUUUUAAUAAACAUACUUCCCUCAGACUCUUAAGACAAGAGCUUGCAGUGCUUUGUCAUCUCCAUCACCCUAGUUUAGUGUCUUUGCUGGCUGCUGCAGUCCGUCCCCGGAUGUUGGUAAUGGAAUUAGCCCCUAAGGGUUCUCUGGAUCGUUUGCUUCAGCAAGAUAGUUCAAGCUUAACUAAAACACUUCAGCACAGGAUAGCUCUACAUGUCGCAGAUGGCUUAAGGUAUCUGCAUUCCUCAAUGAUCAUUUAUCGAGAUUUAAAGCCUCAUAAUGUGCUGCUCUUUACGUUAUAUCCCAAUUCAGCAGUUAUUGCAAAGAUUGCUGAUUAUGGCAUUGCUCAGUAUUGCUGCAGAAUGGGGAUAAAAACCUCAGAAGGCACACCAGGAUUUCGAGCACCAGAGGUUGCCAAAGGAAAUGUUAUUUACAAUCAGCAAGCUGAUGUAUAUUCAUUUGGCUUGCUUCUUUAUGACAUUUUAACAGCAGGAGGUAGAAUAAUAGAAGGCAUGAAGUUUCCAAAUGAAUUUGAUGAAUUAGCAAUUCAUGGAAAAUUACCAGAUCCUGUCAAAGAAUAUGGGUGUGCCCCCUGGCCUGAAGUUGAAAGUUUAAUCAGCAAGUGUUUGAAAGAAAACCCUCAGGAAAGACCUACAUCUGCCCAGGUUUAUGAUAUUUUGAACUCAGCAAAGCUUAUCUGUUUGAUGAGAUAUAUUUCAAUACGCAGUGCCUUUACAGCAGAGUGCAUGGUUGCUUCUAAUCAAAGCUGCAAGAAGGCAGGGGUCUGGAUAGGUAAUGGAAAUACAAAAAAAGGCCAGGUUUCGUUUAUUGACUUAAAUACAGACGACCAAACUUGUGAGGACAUUGCAGAUGGAAGAAUCUUGUGUUUGGCUUUAGUGACUCUUCCUACAGAGAAAGAAAACUGGGUUGUGGCAGGAACACAGUCUGGUUCCCUGUGGGCAUUUAAUACAGAAGAUGGAAAAAACAAACACCAUCUUCAGAAAAUGUCAGAUUCUGUUACCUGUUUAUACUGCAACUUUUUUUCAAAGCAAAGCAAACAGAAGAAUUUUUUUCUGGUGGGAACAGCUGAUGGCAAAAUAGCAGUUUUUGAAGACCAAGUAGUAAAGUGCAAGGGUGCAGCACCUUUGAAGAUAUUAACUAUAGGGAAUGUCAGCACACCACUUAUGUGCUUAAGUGAAUCCACAUAUGCAUCUGAAAAAAAUAUAGUCUGGGGAAGCUGUGGAACAAAGAUUAUAUCAUUAUCUGGUGAUAUAUCUAUUCAAAAACUGAUUGAGACAAAGACAAGUCAGCUAUUCUGUCAUAAGGCUUACAGUGAUGCAAACAUUAUUUCAAUAGCAGUGGACAAAUCCAUCUACUUGGCUAAGAAAAACAGCCAUUUUGUGGAAGUUUGGGAUAAGAAAACAGAGAAACUUUGUGAACUAAUUGACUGUGCACAUUUUCUAAAGGAGGAAGUGGUGAAACUAAAUAAAGAAUCAAAACAUACAGUGGCUUAUUCUGGAAGAGUGAAGACCAUCUGUCUACAAAAUAAUUCUGCCCUCUGGAUAGGAACAGGGGGAGGAUAUAUCCUGCUGCUUGAUUUAACAACACGUCGUCCUAUACGAAUAAUACACGAUUUUUGUGACUCCGUUCGAGUCAUGCUGACAGCCCAGCUAGGGAGCCUCAAGAACGUCAUGCUGGUUUUGGGGUACUGCUAUAAAUGUAAUGAAGACAACAAACAUCAGAAAGAGCUGCAGUCGUGUAUGUCUGUGUGGGACAUUAAGCUGCCCCAUGAAGUACAAAACCUGAAAAAGCACAUUGAAGUGAGACAGGAAUUAGCAGAAAAAAUGAGAAAUUUUUCUUUGGAUUAAGGAACCCUAGACAAGUGGAGAGUCACCUUGUUUCCCAGUUUCCCAUUGGUUUAAACUGCUACUAUAUAUUGCAUUACUUUUUUGUUUAAGAAACAAAGGGAAGUGAUGGUCGUCCUUCAAAAUCAUGAAAUAUCAGAAGAAAUAAGGAAUGUUUUUAUUUAUAAUAUUUUGAUGUAUAAUAUUUUGAAGGAGUCAAAACUAUUCACUCAAUCUGCUUUCAGCAACACUGGUAUAACUCCAAAGUAUCUUUAUUGGUAUAUUUCUGAUUUUGGUUACACCAGCAUAAAUCCAGAGUAACUCCAGAGGAUUAGAUUCUGCUCCUAGUUACAUCCAUCUAUAUGCAGAGUAACUUCAUUAAGUUGACACUAUAAAUGAGAGCAACGUUUAGGCCUCACUAGAUAGUCUGCUGCCUGCAUAGGUGAACUUUACUGAUGGUUUAUGUUAUUAGUUAAACUCAUAUUUAAUCAUUUUGAUUAUAUGAAAGAAAACAUUGUCCAUUAUCUGAUGGAUAGUACAUCUAGUUACUGAAAUGUAUAUAGCCUAAUUUACAAAGCACAGGCUGAAUAGGUCAGGCUUUUUUCUUUCCUGUGUACAUUAGAGUUUGGCAGUUUUUAGUCUGUUCAUAAAAGGCUGUGCACUGCAACAGCAAAGACAAAAUUCAGAAUGAAAGUGUCUGUGAAGAUAGUGCCUUUUUUGACUGAGUGUAUGCCUGGCACAGGGCAAUGCAAUCUCAUUAAUAGAAACACUAUUGUUUCAUAACACAUUCACACAUGUCAUUCGACAACUCCCUUUGCAUGGUCAAGAGAACGCAGGGUAAAAUUCUAGUUCUGAAUGUUGCUGUAAAUAGUACACAGAAUGUGGUAUGACAUGGUGCUUCUCAGGUAGCUAUAAAGUGCCUAUGGAGUAUUCACGCAAUAGAAUUGUCCAGUUUGCUUAUCUCAGUCUGAAAAAGAAUGAAAACUAUAGUAUUCAUAUUUACCAUGUGUGCAAAGUUUACCAUCCAGCCUUGUUACGAGCCCUUAUAUUGAUAUUUUUAUAGUACGUAGUGGAGCCUGCAGGCAUCCAAGAAUGGGCUACUUCUUGCCUUGUGAGACUGCUCACACACACACCUACCUUUAUUCUGGAGAUACCAUUUUAUUGCUCUAUAUAUCCAUUAACCCAAUUGUCUGACAGCAUGACUCAGUGCCUUACUUCUGUCCUUCAUACCACAGACACGUGUCUUGAUCCCUAAGACCAAGAGCAUCUUCACCAUAACAAGCCUGCAAUGGCAGGGAACAAAAAACCCAAAGCUGUGCAGCAGAGCAAGGUGUUGCCACCAAACAAGUCCCCCUCCCUCCAAUCUUUUACAGUUAUAAAUAAUUCCCAAAAUAGGAUAACGGAGAACAUAGAACCUUCUCAAAAUGAAUCAAUGUUUGGCUAUUUGGAUUUUUUUCAUAUGUGCACUGUUUAUAAUGUGUUUGUGUUGUAUUAUGGGCUAUGAAUAAUGCUAUUUAUAUGGGAUUUUAUAAUGCAAAAAAAUACAUUAUUUUUAUCAUAAAGAAAUAAACUUAAAUAUCUAAUGUUAUUUCACAUG